AUGGAGCACUUACCCCUGCAAGACAUGAAGGGCUUCCUGUUUCUCACGCUCCUCCUGAUGCCUGUGCACGCUGGAACUGCUUGGAGUGCGAAAUAUGCAGUAGAUUGUCCCGAGCCCUGUGACAGUAACGCAUGCAAAAGUACCUUGCGCUGUAAGCGAACGGUGCUGGAUGACUGUGGCUGCUGCAGGGUCUGUGCAGCUGCUCUGGGGGAGACUUGCUAUCGUACUGUCUCGGGUAUGGAUGGUGUCAAGUGUGGCCCUGGGCUGAAGUGCCAGUUUUACACAGAGGAGGAUGACUUUGGUGAUGAAUUUGGUAUCUGCAAAGAGUGUCCGUACGGUAGCUAUGGAAUGGAAUGCAGGAAAACAUGCAACUGUCCCUCUGGCAUCUGUGACAGAGUAACAGGGAAGUGUUUAAAGUUCCCGUUUUUUCAACUGUCUGCUUCAAAGCCUCCCAACCGACGAAAAAUAAUUUCACACACAGACAAUGACAUGGCAUCAGGGGACGGAAAUUCUGUAAAGGAGGAAUUUGUUAAAGAGAAAGCUAUUCACCCUCCAAUAAUGAAAUGGCUAAAUCCUCGCUGA